CAGAGUUAUUGACUUGUUGCACUGACACACCAAACAUGCGUUCCGUAAUUAUAAUUACUAUUCUCGCAGUGGCAGCAUGCACAGAAUCCAAGAAAGUACUAGGAAUCUACAGCCACCCUGGCAAAAGCCAUCAGAUAAUGGGUGAGGUGAUACUGAAGAAAUUGGCUGAAAGGGGUCAUGAGGUUACCAUGGUGAGUGCCUAUCCACUCAAGAACCCAAUUCCCAACUACAAGGAUAUUGUUUUAGAUGGUUUUUUAGAAGAUCUUCACAGUGAUGACAACAUUUAUCUAGAAAUGGAGAAGAAUGCUCUAUUAAACUUCUUAGGAGCUUUUGACCUAAUUCACCAUUUCAUGGACAAAACGUUUGGGCAUCCAGCCAUGCAAAAACUGAUACAAUCCGGAGAAAAGUUCGAUUUGAUCAUCAUCGACUGGUUCUGUAAAGAAGCAGAACUUUUCUACGCGAACAUUUUUGAGGCGCCAGUUAUCUUUACCUCGUCUUUCGGGGCUCAGUAUGAUAUGAAUUACGUGGUGAAUAAUGCAGAACCUUACUCGUACCUACCUGUAAGUGGGUUCCCAUUUACAGAUGAGAUGGAUUUCUCUGAUAGAUUUGGUAACACCCUGGCGAUAGUUUUAGUAAAAAUAUUGAUGCUUUACAACAAAAUUCAUAAUCAGCGGAUCCUUAAUAAGCACUUCAAAAAUGCUCCGAGUAUUGAUGAAUUGAUGGGUAAUGUUGACCUUGUUUUAAGCAACGCCCAUCCCAUUUUUGAAACACCGAGGCCGUAUGUACCGAAUAUUAUAUGCAUUGGUGGCGUGCAUAUACAAGAAACGAAGCCUUUACCGCAGGAUUUAAAAGAUUUCUUGGACAAAUCUCACAAUGGCGUUGUUUAUUUUUCUCUUGGAUCUCAUAUGAAAACAUCUGCAUUGCCAAAGGAUGUUUUUAAUUCUAUUCUGCGUGCUUUUUCUCGGAUUCCACAAAAUGUAUUAUUAAAAUGGGAGGAAGACGAAGUUCCCGUUUUACCUGACAAUGUAAUGGUUAAAAAAUGGAUGCCACAAGACAGUGUUUUGGCCCACCCCAACGUCAGAGUUUUCAUAACUCACGGUGGUCUGAUGGGCAAAAUAGAAGCGAUUUAUCACGCCACCCCAAUGAUAGGGAUACCAUUUUUUGGAGAUCAAAUAACAAAUGUGAUCCAUUCAGUACAGGAAGGAAUAGGAAUUAUCCUAUUGCUGAGUGAAGUGACAGAGGAUACUUUGUUUGAUGCCGUCUAUGAAAUAAUCAAUAACAGCAGUUACAGUGAAAAUGUAAUGAAGAAAUCAGCUUUGUUAAAAGAUCAGCCCAUGAAGCCUAUAGAUGUCGCCGUCUACUGGUCAGAAUUCGUUAUGAGACACAAUGGAUCUAAACAUCUCCAGAACAAAGGGAUGAGACUCAACGUAUUCCAGACUUUGUUACUAGAUGUAAUUCUCGUUAUCACAGUCGCAGUAGUAGCGAUCACGCUAAUAAUUUGGAAACUGUUUCUCUUACUGGUUAGAUUAUUGACUAAGAAAGGCACAUCUCGAAUUGUGAAAUCAAAAUCAAAGGAAAAUUAAUUUGAAUUUAAAGUUGUGCACAAUGAGAGUUUCUCGCCUAAACACCUUAUAGAUUUAUAGCUUUACAUACAAGCAAAUAUUGGACUUUAAAAGUAUUGAACUGAACUGAAAAGCUUUUUAUCCAAAACUGUGCAACAUAUUUUAUAAAAAUGUGGCGAUAAUAAACUUGAUGCAUUGAAUAA